AUUACUGGUAGUAAAUAAAAAAUUUAGCGCUUUGUUGUUAAAAGAUAAUUUCAUUAUGCAAUAAAGACAUAGUAAAAAUGUAUGGAAACAAAACAAUUUUUUGAUACGCAAAUUAAAUAGAAAUGUGUAAGCAUUAUUCAUAAUUGAGUUUCAAGCAAAAUUUGCUCGUAGUUUUUGUCAUUCUGAUUUGUGUAGGCAAAGGAAGAAUAGCCAGAAACUUGCUGCCGUAAAGACUUGUUUCUUCAUUAUUAAAGAAAAUUGUUUUCUAUAAAAUAAUAAUGGCUUUGUAUGCUGCCAAAAAAUCAUUAAGAAAUCAGCUAAAAGAUAUAUUAAAAAAUAUCCCUCCAGAAGAAAAAGUUCUCCAAUCAAAUAUUGUUGUGAACAAAUUAUUGCAGAGCUCUGUGUAUAAGAAUAGCAAGAGAAUAAGUGUUUAUCUAAGCAGGGACAUUGAGAUUGACACUAGAUCAAUUUUAAGGAGUAUGUUUUCUUCUGGAAAAGAGUGUUUUAUUCCAAAAUAUGAUUCAAAAUCAACCAAUAUGGAAAUGGUGAAACUAAAUUCACUAGAUGAAUUUGAAAACUUACCUGAAACCUCCUGGAAAAUAAAGCAGCCCUUAGAUUCAGAUGUUUCUCAUGAAAAUGCUUUAAAUUCAGAUGGUUUAGAUCUUAUAAUUGUACCAGGCAUAGGCUUUACCAAAAACGGUGAUCGUAUAGGCAAUGGGAAAGGUUACUAUGAUAUUUAUCUUAAUCGAUGCAGAGAGAAAUUUGGUAAUCGAUUUUCAACAAUAGCAUUAGCUUUUCGAGAGCAAGUUGUUCCUAAUAUACCUACGUCUGAGAAUGAUGUAAAGAUUGAUCAGGUUUUGUAUCCAGAAUAAUAUUAUUAUUACAUUACAUUUUUCCUGCUAUGAUAUCUUGCAUUAUCAUUUCUAAUUUUUAAUAACGAAUGAUUGUUAUAAUUAUUUAACACAAAAUUAUAAAAGAAGAAUUUUGUACUUAGUUUUAAUGAUUCUAUAGGCGAAUUAUUGCAAAAUACUAUUUUGUAUGCAUUGUUUUUCUGUGCAAUGUUUGUUCAUAUAUAUAUCAAAGUAACUAUUUUGCUAUACAUCUGAACGCUCUAUCAUUCAAGUCCUAUGUAUGUUUACUAUACAAUGCAUGCAAUUUAAUGUAUAUAGGUUUAUAUUUAUAUAGAUGUUAAUCUUUGUAAUU